AUGUUUCGACGUAGUUGUCAUCGUUGUUGGUAUUCUAAUUCAAUAUCAGAAGAUGAUCAAAAUAGAAUAUCUCACUUAACUAAAUUUCAAUUAAUUAAACUUAUAACUUCUUGUGCUCUGCCUCUUGCUGUUGCUAUAUUUACUCUUGUAACAACACUUCAAAAUCGUCAAAUAGCUUUACAAAAUCGUCAGCAAGAUUUAUUAGAAAGUGAAGAUGAUCAACGACAAAGUUUUUUUGUUAAUUAUAUCAAUGAUAUAUCACGUUUUCGAGAUCAAAAUAUUGAAAAUUUAACAAAUAACUAUAAUAAACUACUUUAUAUUCGAACAAAAACAUUAACAACAUUAAGAAAAUUAGAUAAUGAACGUAAAAAAUAUAUAUUAUUAUUUCUUAAAGAAAGUUCAUUAUUAAGUGAAGAUGAACAAAGUUUAUUAAGUGGAGCAGAUUUUAAUGGAAUUAAAAUUGAUCAUAAUGAUUGUGUUUUUAGAAAUGUUAUUUUUUCUGGUGUUUAUUUUCAACAAGUUUCAUUUAUGAAUUGUCUUUUUGAAAAUGUAACAUUUCGUUAUGUAGAUUUUCAUGAAGCCGUUUUAUCACAUUCAAUAUUUUAUUUAACUUAUUUUAUUUCAUGUCGAAUGGAUUAUGUUAAUUUUCAAGAAUCAGUUAUAUCGGAAUCAUAUUUUAAUAGUUCAUCAUUAAGUUAUACAGAUUUUCGUCAAGUUAAAAUAGAUUUUGUUAAAUUUUAUAAUGUUAAUUUAACAAAAGCAAGUUUUUCCGAUAAUCCAAUUCAAACGCAAUAUUCACUUAUUCGAAAUUCUCUUUUACCAAAUGGUACAUUUUCAACCAUUGAUGAUAUCAAUAUUAUUUCGAAUUUAUGUACAUCAUUUGAGAAAUGGUCUCCGAUACCGAUCGAUGGCAUUAAAGUUGAUAAUUGUACAUUUGUUAUAAAGAUUUCUAAUACUACUAUAGCUCGAUAUAUAAGAAGACCUUUUAUUGAUCGUUCAGUACUUAUUGGUGCAGAACAAGCUGACUUCUUAUUAGAAUUAAAACAAAAAUAUACAAUGAUGUAUAUUUCAAUUAUUAUUUAUUUUGUUGGUGUAGAACAUGGAGUGUUUGAAACACAACAAUUUGGUAAGUUAAAUAUAAAAAUAGUUUUUAUAGUGUAAAGAAAAAGAUGAAUGUACUAAUGAUGAAAUCAACUGAAGUGAUUCGUCGAUUUUGAACUCAUAUUUUGAUUUUAUAGAGCAGACAUCUACACUAGAAUAACCACACAAGGAUCUGGGUAUCAUAGAAUAGGAUACAAACAAGAAAAUAGAAGAAAAAAUUUCUCACUUGAAGCUUUAUGUGUAAGUAAAUAUUGUCAAGGUUCCAAUGAAAAUGUUCGCUUUCUUCUGGAAAAAUCGAACUUUCAAAAAUCUGAUUAGAUUUUAUACAUGAUCAGAAAAAAUUCAAGCUUUUUGAACAUUAAAUAUUUCAAGAAUAGAGCAAUUUUUAGGAUAUUCUUAAGAUCAUGACUCUCAUCGGUAGAUAAAAUUUUCAAAUCAAAAUUCUUGCAGACUGUUUUUACUAAUGGCUUGAUUCUUUAAUAAUAAUCUAGCAUAACUAUCAUGACCCUGUAUAGGAACUCUAUAGAAUUGAAUUCUUAGGAAAUUAGUCGAGGCUGAACGUUUCCUCUCUAUAUUCAAAGUAUAAGCACACAAAUGAUGAAUCACUUUUGAUGUUUUCCUCUUUAAUAGAAUCAAAAAACAAACAACAAAAUGUCCAUUUUAUGUAUUAUCAUUGAAAAUUUUUCUAAAAUUUUACUAGGUAAAUAAUGAGAAUAUUUUGAUGACAUAUCUAUCUUUCACUUUUUUUUCAUGUAAAUAGACUGUUUGUCCAACAACAAUCUGAUUUGUCAACAUCGUUUUCAUAUUCCAUUGUAUACACGGCAAGUUUUCUUAAAAAUUCAAUUCAAUACCAUUGAUGGUUCUGUUGAACAAAUAUCUUAUUCAAUUAGGAGAAUAAAAUCUGAUGUCUUAUGAAUUUUUUUUCUCUCGAUGCUUAUGUUAAAAUAUAUAUAAACAGAUAUUUUAAACAUUGUAAAAGACAAUUCAAUGAAUUAUAUGAUAUUUUGUCUAAUAUUAUUAUUCAACUUUUGUAAAUUGAAUUUGUUUUUGAAAAACUUUAACUCAAAAAGAAAACCAGCUAUUGUAUGAUAUGUUUGUUGUGGACUUCUACAUCACAUAUACAAAUAAGUUUAACAGAUUUACUUUU